AUGGCGCCGAGGAAAGGGUUUUCGACCUUCUCUCGCGUGGUCAGUGAGGGAUUAAGCGAUCAGAGUUACUGGUACGUGCUCACAACUGAAAUUUGUGGAAUAAUUCCCUUACAAUAUUUAAAGCGAUCGCCGAUCGUGAAAACUUUUCCUGAAGAUUUCUGCAGAGUUGAAAGCGGCAAACUUCGGCUUCUUGAUGGGCGCCCUUUCGUCAACAAGAAAAGUUCAAGUGCAUUCGAAGUUAUUUGCUCGUCUUUUGGGCUUGUAUCGGCUAUUCUGAGGAAGAAAACAAGUUCUGAAGAACGAGGAUCCGCCGCGAUUUAUAAAGUGAAAGAAUUUCUGAAUGGCUUGGAUUUUAGUUCCCUUAAAGGAGACGGCGAUGAAGUGAAUUGCGAGCGACCACGUGCAGCUCGGCGCCUUUCAAUGCCUCCUCAAUUCAACACUCCUAAGACGAAAGAAACGCCUGUCCCGGUUCAUUUGACUCCUCCAAGCAGUGGCAGUCUUAGUUCCCCAAAUCUUAAGGAGAUUUAUGAAAGAAAUGAUUUGGAGACCCCAGAAAAGACUUUCCUUAUUAAAAAGAGGGGGAGCCGCGUUCUCCAAGAUGUACAAGGCAUCUGUGAAAGGAGCCGGGAAAAUUUGUCAACGGUGCUUUCCAGCAUGUGUGCUUUUGGUGAUCCUGAGGCGAAAGCUAUCGUAAAUGAGAUUGUGGAGGAUGUGGCCCUGAAGAAAGGAGUUAAAAGGACGGUGGAAGAGCUUGUUGGUGAUGAAACGUUUUCUUUAUACGUGGAAAGCCUGCGAGUUCCAGAUUGGGUGUUACUGUAUUUCAAGACCAAGGCAAGGAUAUCUGGUAAUACUUGGCAAGCCGUAAUCAAUAUCACCAAACUUGGAAGGACAGGGGUAAGGUUUAUUCUUAGUAAUCAAUGUUACAAGGCUAAAUGUUUUGCCUACUUUAUGGCGACCGCUAUCACAAAUCAAUAACCAGCCUCAAGGGAAGUUCCUAACAGUCACAUUCGCUCUUUUCAAAAAGCCUUUUUUUUUUGGCAAAUUGUCAUUAUUUGCUUGAAGUUUAGUCGCUCAUGAAAAUUUCCGUUUUUAAGAUACAGUAGGAUCGGUGGUAAAAAGGCUUUAAAAGUUUUAGAAUUUUGGCUUCUCUGCCUCUAAGAUGUAGAAAGACCAUUGACACCGAAAACUGCCCUGAAGAGUUUUUGAGACUGAGAAAUUGUUGCCAGCUUAGCAUGGCGUCUAUCAUUAAUUUCAAGGGUGGAGGGGCAGCAUUGCAUAGUGUUGAUCUCUCAGAAGGGCUCCUUCUUUUGUAAAGGACAUGUCUGCACUCAGAUUUAUCCCAACUUAGAAGCAGUGCUAUAGUAACAAAUUAAAUGCUUGAAAGUGAUUCAAGAAGUGAAAGUCUUAUUAUUAUUUAUUUAUUACAAUGAUAAUGGCUGAUUUUUUAAGUCUCAGUUAUCAAUGUGUUUUCCAUGUUAAUUUUGUUGUUUUUAAUUUUUGUUUUGCUUUCUUUCUUUGGUAUCCAUUUUAGAAAUCCUCUGACACACCAAUAUUGUUAAAUCUUAAUCAAAUGAAGGCUGCCAAAAAAGUGAUCUUUGGAGUUUGUAAAGAAUAUAUGGAUAUGAAAAAGGUGCCAACUCCUUUACAAGGUUAUCAGGUGGAUUUGUAUCCUGUUUUGGAGCUGAUUGUUCGUGAGCAAAGGCUGCAUAAGGUGUGCUCACCAACUCUCAAACUUCUGAUCAAGAUAGAUGGAAGACCCUUUUGUGGUAAAUACAGACUGUCAGGUUUAAGUAUGCUGUUAUAAACUAUAGAACAAUACCUUAUCUCAGAGUAAAUGUGUAGCUGUGUAUAAUUUUGGUCCCAUGAAUGUGAAGAAAUAAUAACUGUUUCUAUUAUUAUUUUUUUAUGAUCAGGUAGAAAUCAGGUGUUGGUAGGUCUGGUUGCCCGUCUUAAUCCUGUAUACAGCAUACAGAGUGCAAAGUCUGUUUACCCGCUGGCCAUUGCCAAUUGCAAAGAAAACAGGUUCAUCAUCAAUUUCUAUUCUAUGUUACCAAAAUACUUUUUCUCCUUUGCUUGGCAUGGUUAUGAACUGUUUACCACCCACAGUAUAGACACUUUUCCAUUUAAGCUUUCCUUACUGAAAGCCUGUAGUUUUGUAGACUAUAUAUGACAGUUUUCAUUGUUGUAAUGUUGGCUUUCCAGUGGCUCCAAGAUCUGACAAAUGUAACAACCACACACACAACAAAAAAAUACCCACACAUAAUUAGACAGAAAGAAAAAAAAAACUACAAACCCUUUUGCAAUAUAAGAACCUUACCCCAACACAAGCUCAAUAAAUAAUAAGUUUCAUUGACUGUCUUUAUGCCUAAUGUUAUUUUGAUAGGGAAAGCCUGAAGGUACUUUUAAAGGAUGUAAAUGAGCAAAAGAGAAUUAUCAAGAACCAAGGAAUUUUUGUUGAUGGCAUCAAGUUCAAUGUAGAAUUUGAUGGUAAGAUGUUUCUGCCAGUUUAUCGCAUAAAGGUUGUUUGCAAGAACAACCCUGAUCUUUUAAGGGAGGGGGAGAUGCUGACUUUCUUUUUUGAAACUUGAGGGUUUUUUUUCCAUUAUCAGUGUAGCUGACCAAUAUUUUAAACAAUAAGUUAUUUUUCUACAUGUAUGUCAUCAUAAUUCUUUAUUAUUGUUGUUUUUUGUCAUAUCUUAGUUUCAUUGGACUACAAAACACUGAUCCUUCUUUUGGUAAAGAAAGGGGAUCUUGAUUUUCAACUUGGUGGUCGAGGGGUAAAUGUGGAAUUUUGCUUUAUAUGCAAUGCAAUCAGGGUAAGUAUUUGUGUUGGUGUACAUGUGGAUGUAUAAGCAUUUUUUUAGUUGUUGAAGUUCAUCAGUUGCAAUACACAAGCAGCAGUCUUCACUAACAAUGCAACCACAAAAUUUUGUAAGAUAAUAUUAAUUUAAUUUGAGAUAAUUCCAUUCCCCAUUAGGGUUGCAAAUGUCAUGAUGUAGCCCCAGAUGAAACCUGCCUGGAAUGCCUACGAAGCAAGUGUAACAUAGGCAGGUAUAUUUUUAGUUUAGCCUUUCAUGAUCAUUACUUAAUGAACAGGCUUACUUAGGAAGUGCUUGUGGCCUUUUGGGUAUCAGAGUUGAUGCAUUGGUGAGAGCAGCCACCUUCCACCAAUCUGGAUCUGUUCCUAAACAAAGCACAGUAUGAUUUGUUGGCUCUCUAAUCUCCUCUGAGAGAUUUUUUAUCCAGGCACUCUAGUUUUUCCCUUUAAUGGAAAACCAACAUUUGACUUCAUUGAUUUUGGGUUGUCUCUUUUAGUUUAAUUAUUAGUCAAGAACACUUGUGCUUGGCUAAAUACCCUUGAGACUUAAAUAAAAUCAUCAUUGUCAUUUUUAUUUAACAUUGUUUCUUGAGUUUUAAGAUUCAUUGAGUUAUUCCCAUUUAUUUAUUGCCAUGGUCUUCAUGAGGCUAUUAAUUUUUUAUUUAUAAAUACAUUGUAAAUGCAUCAUUGUUAUUCAUAUAUUUGCAGAUCAACUGGAAUUUCGGGAUGAUCUCCUUUUUCUCCUUGAUGAAGAGCUUACUAGCAUUCAGUUGUGUGCUCUCCAUAUGGAGAUGCGCAAUACAGAGCAGUUGCUUGCGUCCAUUGGUCUGAUUGCCUACAAGAUUGGUUCACUUCCAGAAGCCAAUCAAGCCCUGAAGUGCUUUGGCCCAGAGUCUUUUCAUGGUGAUAGAAUUUCUGUUAAGAAGAAGAGUGGUCAGGAGUCUGCCAUUUCAAAGCAGAACAUUCAUGUGAGCUCUAUGUCAGGUGCGUGAGUGGUUGAAUUACUGGCUUUGUGUGUAUUUUAAAAUUGAUUUGCUUUGUGGGUAUCUAUUAUUUUUCUCAUUGUGAUAAACACAUUUCAGGUCCAACAGAAUUUGAAAUUCUUCAAAACCUUGAAGAGAUUGUGGGACUCUCCCUUCCACUGGACAAGUUAAAGCUCUCCUACAUGGAUGUAAACACUGCCAAGAAUUUCAUUCUUAACCGUGUUACAUUUUGUCAGUCCCGUAUUGAUGUAAGUCUUUGAUAGCAGAUGUGGCAUUGGCAAGUACCUUCACUUGUGGUUCAACAGUUCAAGUUUAUUGUUCUUUAAGUUUAGAGGUGUGGUUUAUGUUGUGCAGCGCCCAGAUGUUUCGUCGGAGAGCGCUAUCAAAAUGGGCACCAUUUGUAAGUACUUGCUUCCUUUUCAAUUUCACACUAUGCACUAGUUACCUUUCCUAGGAGAUCCAUGAACGUAGAGUUUCUUUCUUGCAAAAGUUCUUUCAAAGAUCUUAUUUAGUAGGCUGUACUUUAAGGUGGCACACCCAAAAGUGCAGUUUAACCCAGCAUUUUUGUAUUUUUACAUUCUUUCAAUGAUCUUAUCUAGUAGGCUGUACUUUAAGGUGGCACACCCAAAAGUGCAGUAUAACCCAGCAUUUUUGUAUUUUUACAUUCUUUCAAUGAUCUUAUCUAGUAGGCUGUGCUUUAAGGUGGUACACUCAAAAGUGCAGUAUAACCCAGCAUUUUUGUAUUUUUACACUCUUUCAAUGAUCUUAUUCAGUAGGCUGUACUUUAAGGUGGCACACCCAAAAGUGCAGUAUAACCCAGCAUUUUUGUAUUUUUACACUCUUUCAAUGAUCUUAUUUAGUAGGCUGUACUUUAAGGUGGCACACCCAAAAGUGCAGUAUAACCCAGCAUUUUUGUAUUUUUACACUCUUUCAAUGAUCUUAUUCAGUAGGCUGUACUUUAAGGUGGCACACCCAAAAGUGCAGUAUAACCCAGCAUUUUUGUAUUUUUACACUCUUUCAAUGAUCUUAUUCAGUAGGCUGUACUUUAAGGUGGCACACCCAGAAGUGCAGUAUAACCCGACAUUUUUGUAUUUUUACACUCUUUCAAUGAUCUUAUUCAGUAGGCUGUACUUUAAGGUGGCACACCCAAAAGUGCAGUAUAACCCAGCAUUUUUGUAUUUUUACACUCUUUCAAUGAUCUUAUUCAGUAGGCUGUACUUUAAGGUGGCACACCCAGAAGUGCAGUAUAACCCGACAUUUUUUUAUUUUUACACUCUUUCAAUGAUCUUAUUUAGUAGGCUGUACUUUAAGGUGGCACACCCAAAAGUGCAGUAUAACCCAGCAUUUUUGUAUUUUCACACCACUUCAAUGAUCUUAUUUAGUAGGCUGGACUUAAAGGUGGUACACUCAAAAGUGCAGUAUAACCCAGCAUUUUUGUAUUUUUACACUCUUUCAAUGAUCUUACCUAGUAGGCUGGACUUUAAGGUGGUACACUCAAAAGUGCAGUAUAACCCAGCAUUUUUGUAUUUUUACACUCUUUUAAUGAUCUUAUUUAGUAGGCUGGACUUUAAGGUGGUACACUCAAAAGUGCAGUAUGAACCAAGCAUUUUUGUAUUUUUACACUCUUUCAAUGAUCUUAUUUAGUAGGCUGGACUUUAAGGUGGUACACUCAAAAGUGCAGUAUAACCCAGCAUUUUUGUAUUUUUACACUCUUUCAAUGAUCUUAUUUAGUAGGCUGUACUUUAAGGUGGCACACCCAAAAGUGCAGUAUAACCCAGCAUUUUUGUAUUUUUACACUCUUUCAAUGAUCUUAUUCAGUAGGCUGUACUUUAAGGUGGCACACCCAAAAGUGCAGUAUAACCCAGCAUUUUUGUAUUUUUACACUCUUUCAAUGAUCUUAUUCAGUAGGCUGUACUUUAAGGUGGCACACCCAGAAGUGCAGUAUAACCCGACAUUUUUGUAUUUUUACACUCUUUCAAUGAUCUUAUUCAGUAGGCUGUACUUUAAGGUGGCACACCCAAAAGUGCAGUAUAACCCAGCAUUUUUGUAUUUUUACACUCUUUCAAUGAUCUUAUUCAGUAGGCUGUACUUUAAGGUGGCACACCCAGAAGUGCAGUAUAACCCGACAUUUUUUUAUUUUUACACUCUUUCAAUGAUCUUAUUUAGUAGGCUGUACUUUAAGGUGGCACACCCAAAAGUGCAGUAUAACCCAGCAUUUUUGUAUUUUCACACCACUUCAAUGAUCUUAUUUAGUAGGCUGGACUUAAAGGUGGUACACUCAAAAGUGCAGUAUAACCCAGCAUUUUUGUAUUUUUACACUCUUUCAAUGAUCUUACCUAGUAGGCUGGACUUUAAGGUGGUACACUCAAAAGUGCAGUAUAACCCAGCAUUUUUGUAUUUUUACACUCUUUUAAUGAUCUUAUUUAGUAGGCUGGACUUUAAGGUGGCACACUCAAAAGUGCAGUAUGAACCAAGCAUUUUUGUAUUUUUACACUCUUUCAAUGAUCUUAUUUAGUAGGCUGGACUUUAAGGUGGUACACUCAAAAGCGCAGUAUAACCUAGAGAUUCUUCUUUUAGUUGCUUGUGUUUAUAUAAGAAUUAUUGUGCUGUAACGGGUUGUUUCGACACCCUUUUAUCCUGUGUACAAUUUCGUAUGGAUGUUGGCACAUGCUCAUAACAGCAAUAUACAGUUGUUGUACAGUUAAAAAAGUGGUUGCUUGUUCUGUUUUUUGUAUGUAGUAUUUUGUUGAUGCCUUGAGGAAGCACAAGUUUCUUCGAGACUUUGGAACUCACACUGAGAUGAUUGAUUUAGAAGGCUCAGGUUUGUUUUUUAAACUUGUGUCCUGUGGCUCUAUUUUGUAUAGAAUUUGGCUCUUUUGCUGGGGAGAAAUCAAUAGCUGUUAAUGACAAUUAUUAAAUGUUCACUGAAUGUAUUGUAAAUGUACUAGUUAAACACCUAACACCUUUAUGCCACAGUCUUUAUGAUUGUUUGUUUGUUUUUUCUUUUAUAGCUGUGAAAAUCAAUAUGGAAGAUCGCCUUGAAGCAUGGCAAAAAGAGUUAGCUGAGUUAUCUGACAAUUUUAAAAUGCUGUGCCGCUCACAACAAAAUACUGUUGGUAUAGAAAGUAGUGAGGUUGUAGAGUAUGUUGCAAAGAAGCAUCUGGAAAUGUUGACAAGGGUAAAUUAGUGGUGAUUUAAAAAUUCUCCAACUGCUUUGUUAAUUAGCAUGCUUUUAAGGAAUAAUUAUUGUGUUUCUGACACCAGGUCUUUUACCAAGUUAUUCAUUUCAUGUAUUUAGGUUUGUAGAGAAUGGAAGGAAAUUGCACAGGUGACGAGAUCAAGAAUAUUUGAUGAUACAGAGCAAGGAGAAAUAGAUCUUUUUGAUGUCAAGGUCUAAUAUUUCCUCAUUUUUAUUGCCAAAGUGUUAGUUAUGUACAUUUUCAUGCAUACCCCUAAGAUUAAGAGAGCAUGUUGCUGAUGAAAAGGGAUUAUUUAACCUUUUUACAACUGUGUUUGUGAUUGAAUGUAAAAUACACUUAAAUGUUAUAUAAAAUGCAAAACACAUGGCUUUCUUUUUGUGUAUAUUGUUGCAAGCUUCAUUAUUAACUGUACAUACUUAUUUAAUCAGUCCUGAUAAAAUAGGUUUGUCAAUCACCAUCCCCACAAUGUGAAUCAGUGGUAAAUGCCAAAUAGAAUCCUUGUCCAUGAUAACUUGUGAGUAUCUAGUGCACUGGUUUUUGAGUUUGCUUUGUUCUUUUUCCCUUCUUAAUUGUAGUGUAAGGAAUGGGGUUUCCUUUUGAAAGAUAUUUUUGGAAGCAGCCUUGGAACUGGGGAUUACGGGCACUUGCUAAUUGACCAUGCCCCCAUGCUUAUGAGACGCUUUUUGUCAAUGACUGAGUUUAGUCAGCAGGGAUUUGAAGCAUCCCAUAAGGACCAGCGUCAGCUUUGGCUUAAAGCCACAAGCCAUGAUCAGCAUGGGGAAGCCUCAUCAAGUAAGUGUAAAUAGUAACCAAUACUGAUAAUGAAUUGGCAGUUGUUGAAAGGGUGUGUGUUUCUGUUUGACUGUGAAAAAAAGACAGUGCAAGGAAGGUAAUGUAUUUAAUGAGAAUAUGGACCCUGAUUGUGUAGGAAACCAAUUAAAGUGGCCAUUUAUUUCUAAGUUAGAUAUUGAUUUCCAUUGAAUUACAGUUGAACAAAUGCUGGUGCACUUUUAUGCAGAACGGAUGUUGUUUUUUUUCGUCUAUCUCUCCGAGAAGCCUUAAAGUCAAUUCAUG